UGAGUUGUGCACAAGUUCAUUUUUAGUCUUUAUCUGUCGCGCUUUUGACUUUCCCUUCCCCAAUGUGUCUAUUUAACCCGCAUUACCUCAUUUGCGCUUCAGUCUUCUCACGGCAUUUUUUGUGUUCUCUGCCGUCCAACGAUUGCGUCUCUCGCAUUGCAUCACCUUGCUCUGGCACAGAAUGCGCUAGCCUUUUACAGCCGGAUUCAACUCUACUCACCACAGCGAACUACCUUUGAACUGAUGAAAAAAAUUAACAAUCGCCUGCUGAAAAGGCGCCCGGUGCAAGACUUGAGUUUUCGAGUGUUUAUCCUUCUUUGCUUCUGUCCGUGGUGCUGAAAAGCGCUCGCGCUCUAAGUAGUCUACCUUGUGGUUGUAUACUAACCAUCGUAGGUUAUCUGUUCCUUCAGCUUUUUUGAAAUAAUUUGAUAAAUAAUUCAAAGCUACCGUCGAUGUAUCCCGAGAAAUACCAAAGCUCAAAAAACCUACAGUAUAUUUAAGUUGUAGGCUAUCGAUUUUUUUUCGAGAAGAAGAGACAGGCAAAAAAAUUCUGAAGGGAAAGGGUCUGUGUCGUACAAAACCUUCACAAGCAAGAUAAUUUUCUUUUUAAACUUCGAAAACUUCUUAAGGAAGAAGAAAGUUUCUUUCAGACAAGGGGAUACAUGUCUCAUUUCCGAUUCUGCUUUGGAUUUUCCUUCUGGAUAGAUCGCUAUUAACUCACUUCUGCACGCGCCGUUCACGUAGAACUUGGUUAAACACAGAUGAUCAUCUGAACAGGGGCUCCACAGAAGCAGCAGUGUGGAGAUGGAAGCGUCCACCAACGGGUCCAGUUUUGGAAUCGACUCCCUGCUAUCCCACAGGCCUGGAAGCCCAGUCAUUGCGAAGGGGGACAGUUUGGUAGGGGAAUGCCGCUCCCCAUUGGAGUUCAGCCCCAGGUCAGACUUAGAGAGCGGUUGUUCUUCUCCUCCGUCACCGAGGCGAGAGUGCGGCGAGGAUGCGGCGCAGAGACAGGGUCACCCCCUCGGGCUUGGGUCCCAUUUGCUGCACGGACCGAUGUCCGCUGGAUCGCAACCUCGGACUGUCACUUCAUCCUUCUUAAUAAGAGAUAUUUUGGCUGACUGUAAACCAUUAGCGGCUUGUGCCCCAUAUUCGAGUAAUGGCCAACCUACACAAGAGACAGGGAGACUGGCAUCCAAAAUCGCAGACGACUUCAUUGAAAAAAUCCACAGUAACUCGUCGUCUGACAGUGAAUACAAAGUGAAAGAGGAGGGGGACAGGGAGAUCUCGAGCAGCAGAGACAGCCCGCAUGUCCGUCUGAAGAAGCCACGGAAAGCGCGGACCGCAUUCACUGACCAUCAACUUGCUCAGCUAGAGCGCAGUUUUGAGCGUCAAAAGUACCUGAGUGUGCAGGACAGAAUGGAGCUGGCAGCAUCUCUCAAUCUGACUGACACGCAGGUCAAAACCUGGUACCAAAACAGGAGGACAAAGUGGAAGAGGCAAACGGCGGUCGGACUUGAGUUAUUGGCGGAGGCUGGAAAUUAUUCGGCCCUGCAAAGGAUGUUCCCCUCGCCGUAUUUCUACCCUCAAAGCCUGGUGUCGAAUCUGGACCCUGGAGCAGCGCUUUACUUAUAUAGAGGUCCUUCGGCACCCCCGCCGGCGCUGCAGCGUCCUCUCGUUCCUCGGAUUCUCCUGCACGGUCUACAAGGCCACAACGAUCCGCCGCCUCUGCCCCCCCUCUCCGGUGUGCUACCCAGACCAACACCACCACGAUGAGGGGCACGUUUACGACUCAUUUAAAUACAUGGCAGCUUUGAACUCCAUCAAAAACAAUGUCACUGGUGACAGAAAUAUCCGAGGUAUAUUACAAAGCCACAAAACAUCACAGGCAAAAUGUGGUUAGAGACAUUUUUCAACUUACAGUGUCAACCUAUUUAAUUAUUUAUUUUACUUUUGUGUUUAAUUUAUGCGUAGAAUUGUUUACCCAAAACACAGACACAAAUUUAUAUAGCCUACUGAACGCAAUAAUGACGAGUCAUAAAACUACAGGUGCACUUCGGUUCACCAACGUAUUGUUGUUAUUUAAAUACAAUUAUUAGAACUAGACAAGACAACAAAUGUGAAUUGUUGACACAGAAUAUUUAAAUGGAAGAUUCAUAUUUAAUUAUCCUGAGAUGAAAUCCAGGUAUCGUGGGCUUUGUAGUGACCCUCUAAAAUGUACAAAGAAAAAGAGGUGUAAAUAAGAAUAUUUUGUUUUAUGUUGAAAGACUCGAUUUCUUUUCUCGUUUUGUAUCAUAGUCUCACGUUAACAUGUGAAAUGUAAAACGUGAGCAGCACAUUUAAAAUCAAAUGACUCUAAGAAUAAGAAGAAAGAUUCAUAGAAAAGAAGUGUCAUUCUACAUUUGUCAAAUAGUCAAAAAUGUAAUGUUACGGAGUUCUACCAAAACAGAACAAGAGGUUUGCCGAGGAAGAGUCAAUCAAAACAUCGACGAGAUGGAUUAUAAAUCGAUUUUUUUGUGCAGAAUUUUCCCGUUUCUUCAUUCCUGCACAACUGCCAGAAGAACUUUAUUCUCACAGGGUCGACCCUCAUAAUAUUCAAUAUCACUUUGAUGUUGAUACGGGGGAAAAGCCAAGUGCUUGUUGCAGAUCACUUAUGAUCAAUAAGUUGUCACGGAAAUAACAGACUAUACCACGUGCACUGUCAGCAUUGGUAUAUAUCUACACCGCCCCACGCAAAGUGUUAGCCCAGGCAUUGUGCAUUACUUUGUAUAAAUCCGUUGAAAUAUUUUGUCAUUGUUUCUGGUGAAGCUGUAUAUUGACAACAAUGAUUUGUGAAGUAAUGAUUCUCGUAUUUCGAAAUGAUUUUCGUUCGUGCCCCCAUGUGCGUAGCGCUGUGAACUUCUGGAAAACUCUUAAAACUGCUGGAUGUGCGGGGGUGGGUGGUCUUUAAGCAAGGAGAAUUACUUUUAUAAAUGUGCUAAUAAAGAUCUUUCAUUAAUUUAA